AUGGAUCCAGAAGCAGAUUUUAUCACAACCGAGGCUCUCUUCAGACCCGCGAAGAAGCGCAAGUUCGCGCGGCGCCGUGCUGAUCAUGGCGCCGAAGAUAUUGCUGAUGCCGAUCCUGCCUUUGUCGCAAAUGACCAAAAUGACACAGCCUCAACACAACCGUCAUACAAGAACACCCGUCGCCCGCGCACUGUGCGCAAAGGUGGGAUUGGCUUCUCUGCCAAAUCGCAACUAGGACGCGAUCACAGCCAGCAACUCGCGUUGGGGUCAACAGCGGGAGACCCGGAGGAGGACAAGAUUCGUGCCAUGAAUGAGCGCUUUACAGGCUAUACCGGUCAGAGUGAUGAUGUUGACAGACACAUGAUGGCAUAUAUAGACUCAGAGAUGGCUAAGCGCUCCCAGCCUCAUGCACAAGGGCAGAAUUCAGAUGCCGACCAAACAGCCUCAAAGGAAAUUGCGGCAAACCUCUCAUUCCACGGGCAACAACAACGAGAGCCGGCAUCUCUAGGAAGACUUCAUGAGAUCGACCUCGGUCAAGAGGCAACCCUGCGUAAUAUUGCGCGCACAGAAGCAGCAACUCGCAAACUGGCCGGUGACGAAGAUUCGCCAUCGGUUGAUCACGAUAUAGAAUCUGGCACAAGUCGUUCCGCUCACGGUGGCAAGUCAAGGCGCCAUAAGCAAAGAACGGAUGCCGACAUCGAGAGAGACCGUCUUGUAGAAGAGGUAUUACGGGAGAGCAAAUUGGAUGUCUAUGAUGAAUACGAGGACGACGCGAGGACAGAUGAUCCCCAAGCUGCUGAUGACCGAGUCGCGGAACAAUUCCGGCGGGAUUUCAUGGAUGCCAUGCAGUCUCGUCGUCGGCUUCGCACCACAAAGCCAGCCGCAAAAGACGAGGGGCCUAAAGGUCCGAAACUGGGAGGCAGUCGCAGCGCCAGAGCCGCCAUGCGGGAAACACAAACCGGAAAGAAAUAA